AUGCACGAUAAUUUUGAUUUUAACGUAUAAAUUAAUGAUGAUGCAAUUGUUAAUGAUAAAUAGUAGUUGAUAGCUGAUAAAAAUUAUAAUAUUAAUGAUUCGACUACUAUAAAUAUUCCAGAAAGCAAUCAAAAAUCUAAGAGUAAUAGUAUACUUGAUAUGGGUGCACCUUAAUCUGAAAUUAGAGGACAAGACUCACUACCAAUAAGCUCAUCUGCAUAUGAUCUGUCUAAAUCAGGUCAUCCUAUUGCCUGCAUAUUUACUUUUUUAUUUAAAGCGUUAUCAUUAAUAGUGUAUUUCUUAUUUUAGUACAAGUUUGAUAAUAAUAUUUUCAUAUUUGUCCUUGUGAUUGUAUUUAACGCAUUAGAUUUUUGGACAACAAAAAACAUAACAGGAAGGUUAUUAGUAGGAAUGAGAUGGUGGAAUAUAUAAAAUGAAAAGGGAGAGGAAGUGUACUAGUAUGAGACUAAGGGAUAAAAAUUUGUGCCUAAUUAAGUAGACUAUGCAUUUUUCUGGAGCUCAUAGCUUGUUUCAUUUAUCUUUUGGGUAUUAGUAGCUCUGUUUCAUAUCCUGACUCCCUUCUGGCUUAUAUUAGAUCUCCUUACAAUUGGAAUGCUUUUUACAAACAUCUAUGGCUUUUAUAGAUGUAAAUCAGAGCAUUAACAAAAGGUUUAAGAUGUCUAAGAUAAGCUCAAGGUUAAAGGUUUCAGCUUUUUAGCAAAUUAUAUUAUGAAAAAAUGA